GUCAGUGAGGGAAGCGGCAAACAAACAACGUUCUGUGUGUGCAUUCAAUGCAAAGUGUCAAAUGUUUUUCUCUCUCACCGUGUGACGUCUGCGGUACGAAUGCGUUCGCUCUGAGUUUUUGCCGAACGCUUGUUUUAUUUCAUCACAACGUUUAUCCCUGUCGGUGCUACCACAAACUUUUCUAUUCUGUACAUAGGUCUAACAAAGUAAGAAACGAUUUUAGAAACAAACAGAAAAAUCAAUUGUGUGAAGUUUUGGUUAGAAAAAAAAAAUUGUGAUAAAAAAAGUCGUGUCUGGUGCGUCAGAACAAAAGAAACCAAGUCGGGAAAAAAUUUUUUUAGAUCGUUUCAAGCUGAAAUUUUGGUUUGAAUAGACGCUUUUCUGUGUUUUCGCUGGUCAAUACAACAAAAGGAGUCGAACGACAAACGAUAUCGCAAAAAUGCUGGUCGCUUUGGAAAAUGCCGAUGAAAUUUUGCAAAUUUUGGAUCGAUUCACCAAACAAAAAUCGAAAGACAUCCCAGCCGAACUAGAAGAAUACAUUAAUUAUGUUGCCAAAACCGGAGACACGGUCUAUCGCUGGCCCACCGUUCAGUAUUUGUUCCGUGAAAAAUUGCGAAAUGUCAUCAAAGAAUUUCACGACACCACCGCAAGUAUCGAAGAUCUUCCCCAGUGUCCGAAUGUGGACCAAUUCAAUUAUGAGUCCAUGAAAACAUUGCUGUUUGAACGCUUCGAUAAUUUCCAAGCGGCACCGUUCACCAUCCAACGUUUGUGCGAGCUACUCACUGACCCGAAGAAACACUACAGUCGCCUCGAUAAAUUCAUGCGCGCGUUGGAGAAAAACAUUUUGGUUGUGAGCACAGUUCCACCGGGUCGUAAAAUGGCCAAUGGCACAGAAGACAAUGAUAUCGACACGGAAAUCAACAUCGAUUCGGAGGUGACCAAGAGCGAGGAAAAGCGACAGAAUGGCAACAAAGAGGAACACAAUGAAUUGAAUUCAACUGAACACAUACCCGAGGGCGGUGAAUCCUCAUCGGCUGCACAGGCACUCACAUCAGAGGACAUCAAGAUAGAGGAGGCCACAAAGGUUGAACAAGAUGUUUCUGAAAAAUUAACAGACGCUGAGCAGUCGGGUGUAAGUGUGGAGCCAAAAACAGAGACCGAAACUGCAGCCGUAGCUGCAGAGACUGUAACCACAACUGGAAAAGAUGAAUCGAAACCGGUGGAGGCGGUUGAACCGGCGGCCACAGUAAACAAAGAGAGUGUCAUUCCAAAAGUAGAGAACGCCGAAACAAUUGACGACAAAGAUGAAAAGAAGGCCGAUUCGAGCGAUAGCGUUAAAAUCGAAGCCGAAGUAAAGGCCGAAAAAAGCAUUGAAAAGACCACAUCCGCUCCAGUGGGCGAGGAGGUGAAACCAGAGGAGGGAAUCAAUGAAACGAAACCGGUGGAAAUUGAAAAGCCUCCAACUCCAAAGCGUCGCAGUGAUGAUGAAGAAGAUGCUGAUGUGGUUAGCAAUGGUUCAAGUGCGAAAAAGAUCCGGCUCGAAUUGGACGAUGUCAAAGAAGCGGAGGAGGUCUCCAAAGUGGCAACUAAAGCAGAAGAAACGGCAACUACAGAACCAGAAUCAGCAGCCAUUAAGGAGCCGGUCGCAUCAUCAGAAGUCGAUUUGCCGAAGGAAAGUGACAUUCUUGAAUCGAUAAGCACCGAAAUUGACGCUCAAAAAGAAAACGAACUAUUGGAAGAUGUGGUCGAUUCGACAUUGACAGCCACCGAAAAGGAUCCAAUCAACAUUGACGUCAAGCCUAUCGCCGACGCUGAAAGUGUACUCGAUUGCGAGGUGCCAAAACCAGCCGAAGAAUUGCCUGCCACCGAAGAUUUAUUGAAAACCGACGCACCUGUGGCCAUUCCAUCCGAUCUAGACUUUACGCCAGACGAAGCUCUCAAUGAAUUGGUAUCGUCUGACAUUUUAGCAGCUAUUCCAGAGCAGCAACCAGUCGUCGUUGAAGAGGUUAAAAUGAACGAUGAACCAGCAAAUGUUGUUGAGCCCGUAGUGGCACCAGCCGAUGAAAUGACCGUCGAAAAUACCGAAACCAACACUGCGGAAGCUGAAAAUGCAAUGGAAGCGGCUCCAAUUAAAACCGACGAAGAACAAAUGGACGUCGACGAAUCGAACUCAGUCGAUGCAAUGGACUUAUAAACAUACCACAUCGAUCGAUAUCGGCUUAGAUCAUAACACACACACACAUUUACUCACAAUUAAAUAUAACACACAUCAUAUUCGAAUUUUUCAUACAAACAAGACGGAAUGGAGCGACACAUCGCCACCAACACACACAAACACACGUUUAUACGUAGAAUUUAGCAUUUCGUAUCAUAUGAGUAACCCCCAAACAAUUUUUUAUAAACGUUUUUCUUUCGUCUUUCUUUUUUUUUGUCAAAUUUUUUUUACCGCAUUGGCAGAACAAACAAUUUUGUAGAAACUGAUAAGGUCAAACGAAACAAACAAAAAUAACUACUAAUUUAUCAUAAGUAUAAUAAUAAAGGUAUCAAUUUGCAUUGUGUAGACAAAUAAAUACACGCAAAAAAAACGACAUACAACAAUUCCGACACAAAUCUCUGGCAACAUUUUUAUUUUCGAAUCCGAAAAAGAAGCACCAGCAUCAGCAGCAACGGCGAUAAAAGCAGACGAAGAAGAAAACCAUCAACAAAAGAUCAUAAACAUUCUUGCGAAUAUAGAUUAGUUUUAGUAUUCAAUGGAUAUUCACAUUAUAAAUUAUUAUGGUCAUUCAAUAAAUAAAACGAACCCAAA